AUGGCAGCAGAAAACACUGAGUUAAAUACCUCACUCUUUAUGGAAGAAGAGCAAAAAUAUCCUGCAAUUUACAACAAAUUUUCUACGGACUAUAAGAAUAAGUUUAUAAGAAUGAAUAUCUGGAAAGCAAUAGGAAAGAAAUUCAGCUUGGACGCGGCUGAAGCAGAAAAAAAAUAUAAGAAUGUCCGAACCACGUUUGGGCGAUACUUGAGAAAAAAAAGUCUGUUCCAUCUGGUUCUGAUGCUGUCCCCUCUCCAGCAGAGUUCAGUAAUUUGGAUUGGUUGUCAAACCACAUCAACCAACGACCAUCCACUGUCACAAACGUGCAGAGUCGUGAUUAAAGGGAAGAUGAUGCAAAUCAUGGUGAAGAAGCAGAAAGCGCAAACAAUGUCCAGGACCCGCUUGAAUAUGAGGAAACAUCAAGUGAGGAUGACUUGCAGUCUGAAACGUCUGUUUCUCCAGCUGCUGAUUCUCCGUCUUCUUCUGCUGCUGCUAAUGAUGUUCAGCCAAACAGGAGUUCAAAACAGAAAGGGAAAUCAACACCAAAGAUCACCAAAUCAACCACCAAGAGACCAUGGGCCUCAAAUGCAAGGAAGGCAAAGGACAGUGACAUAG